CAUAAAAUGAAAUAACGUUGCGUAUUGCAGUAUGAGACUUUAGUGACGAACGGACGAACGUAAGAAUUGCUGCAUUCGAGUUAAUAGUUUCUUUUAGAAUUGAUAUUUGAAGAAUUUACUCUGACUCCUUAGUGCGCAAAGAUAUUUCAUCUAUUAAAAAAAAGCAAAAAAUAAAUCAAGUGUCCAAGAGCGAACAACUAGAUGCGUAUAUUGCGGUAGUGAAUGAAUGUAAAUGAGUGAGUGCCGGUGUAUAUAUAAUGCAAAAAGAUGCCCGUAUAAGUACGUGAAUCAAUAGUUGGAAACGGCCUGUUCGAUACCAUCGAUUUGUGUUUUUUUACUUAUGUGUGGAGUAACAUUUCCCUUAGCUAUGUGCGAAUUAUAAGUGAUUAGUGCCAGAUAAAUUGCUUAGUAUUUCGAACAUCUUCAUUAUCUUCAUUAUCAGAGCCAGAGCCGGAACUACGCGAAAUAAGGAAUAGCAGUGGUAGUAAUGCAACCGCAGUACUAGCAAUAUUAGUAUUACCGCCAGCAACACAAAGGCUUAGUUAAAGAAAUCGAAUAGUUGAAAAGCAACUAUAACUACACGCAGCAGCUGCGACAAGCUUUUACGAAUCAAAAAGCUUUUGAUUGAUUUUGCUCUACGCUACGAUAUAACUAUAUUACAGUGCUUUCGAGAAAGUGAGAUAUUCAUCGAAACACUUGGAUGGAAUAAAUGCGUCAUGAUUAUUACAAUGACGCUCUACAUAACACUGUGAUCUGUGGAAAGAAAUUGAUGAGCCCCAUGCCUUGGUCAUCAGAGGCUCUCAUUGUUGGCCAUAUAGACAAUGACCGAAGACUCCGAUUCGAUAUCUGAGGAAGAACGUAGUUUGUUCCGUCCUUUCACUCGUGAAUCAUUACAAGCUAUCGAAGCACGCAUUGCAGAUGAAGAAGCCAAACAGCGAGAAUUGGAAAGAAAACGAGCUGAGGGGGAGAGUGAUUUUGGUCGGAAGAAAAAGAAAAAAGAAAUACGCUACGAUGACGAGGAUGAGGAUGAAGGUCCCCAACCGGACCCUACUCUUGAACAGGGUGUACCAGUCCCAGUUCGAAUGCAAGGCAGCUUCCCCCCGGAGUUGGCCUCCACGCCUCUCGAGGAUAUUGACAGUUUCUAUUCAAAUCAAAGGACAUUCGUAGUGAUUAGUAAAGGAAAAGAUAUAUUUCGUUUCUCCGCAACUAACGCAUUAUAUGUACUUGAUCCGUUUAACCCCAUACGCCGCGUAGCUAUUUAUAUUUUAGUACAUCCACUGUUUUCACUUUUUAUAAUAACGACCAUUCUUGUUAAUUGUAUAUUGAUGAUUAUGCCUACCACGCCGACAGUCGAAUCUACCGAGGUGAUAUUCACCGGCAUCUACACGUUCGAAUCAGCUGUAAAAGUGAUGGCGCGAGGUUUCAUAUUACAACCGUUUACUUAUCUUAGAGAUGCAUGGAAUUGGUUGGACUUCGUAGUAAUAGCAUUAGCAUAUGUAACUAUGGGUAUAGAUUUGGGUAAUCUUGCUGCGUUGAGAACAUUCAGGGUAUUACGAGCUCUUAAAACGGUAGCCAUCGUUCCAGGCUUAAAAACCAUCGUCGGAGCUGUUAUAGAAUCCGUAAAGAAUCUCAGAGAUGUGAUAAUUUUAACAAUGUUUUCGUUAUCCGUGUUUGCUUUGAUGGGUCUACAAAUCUACAUGGGAGUACUAACACAAAAGUGCAUAAAAGAGUUCCCAUUGGAUGGUUCCUGGGGUAAUCUAACCGACGAAAGCUGGGAGCUGUUCAACAGCAAUGACACAAAUUGGUUCUAUUCCGAGAGUGGCGACAUUCCUCUUUGUGGAAACUCAUCUGGAGCUGGACAAUGUGAUGAAGGCUACAUUUGUUUACAAGGCUAUGGCAAAAAUCCAAAUUACGGGUAUACAAGUUUUGAUACAUUCGGAUGGGCAUUCUUGUCUGCCUUUCGUCUAAUGACUCAAGAUUAUUGGGAGAAUUUAUAUCAACUGGUGUUACGAUCAGCUGGACCGUGGCACAUGCUCUUCUUCAUUGUGAUUAUCUUCUUGGGUUCGUUUUACCUUGUAAAUUUAAUCUUGGCCAUUGUCGCCAUGUCGUACGACGAACUCCAGAAGAAGGCCGAAGAGGAAGAGGCCGCCGAGGAAGAAGCACUUCGGGAAGCAGAAGAAGCUGCGGCAGCAAAGGCAGCUAAACUGGAAGCACAACAAGCGGCCGCAGCAGCAGCGGCGAACCCAGAAAUCGCUAAAAGCCCUUCGGAUUUCUCCUGUCACAGCUAUGAGUUGUUUGUCGGACAGGAGAAAGGCAACGACGAUAACAAUAAGGAGAAAAUGUCCAUUAGAAGCGAAGGAUUGGAGUCGGUGAGCGAAAUCACAAGAACAACCGCACCAACAGCUACUGCAGCUGGCACUGCAAAAGCCCGUAAAGUGAGCGCGGGGGUCGCUACUAUUCAAAAGGCUUCACUUUCAUUACCCGGUUCACCAUUUAAUCUUCGUAGAGGAUCUAGAGGAUCACACCAGUUCACGAUACGUAACGGUAGAGGACGUUUCGUUGGUGUACCUGGUAGCGAUAGAAAACCACUGGUACUAUCAACAUAUCUCGAUGCACAAGAACACCUGCCAUACGCUGAUGAUUCCAACGCGGUAACGCCGAUGUCGGAAGAAAAUGGUGCAAUCAUCGUUCCAGUAUACUAUGCUAAUUUAGGUUCAAGGCACUCGUCGUAUACUUCGCAUCAGUCGCGUAUUUCGUACACAUCUCACGGUGACCUGCUCGGGGGCAUGACAAAAGAGAGCCGUCUGCGAAAUCGAUCAGCCCGUAACACUAACCAUUCAAUUGUACCACCUCCGAAUGCUAACAAUCUAUCCUACGCUGAAACAAACCAUAAAGGACAGCGAGAUUUCGACUUGACACAGGACUGUACAGACGAUGCCGGAAAAAUAAAACAUAACGACAAUCCUUUCAUAGAACCUGCUCAAACUCAAACUGUGGUAGAUAUGAAAGACGUGAUGGUGUUAAAUGACAUUAUUGAGCAAGCUGCUGGUCGGCACAGCAGGGCAAGUGAUCACGGAGUCUCUGUUUAUUACUUCCCCACAGAGGACGACGACGAAGAUGGCCCAACGUUUAAGGACAAAGCCCUCGAGUUUCUGAUGAAGAUGAUCGACAUUUUCUGUGUGUGGGACUGUUGUUGGGUUUGGCUUAAAUUUCAGGAAUGGGUUGCUUUUAUUGUGUUUGACCCAUUUGUAGAGCUAUUCAUUACGCUCUGCAUUGUGGUAAAUACACUGUUUAUGGCUUUAGAUCAUCACGAUAUGGAUCCAGAUAUGGAAAAGGCACUGAAAAGUGGCAACUACUUCUUCACAGCUACAUUUGCCAUCGAAGCUACAAUGAAGCUCAUAGCAAUGAGCCCCAAAUAUUACUUUCAAGAGGGUUGGAAUAUCUUCGAUUUUAUUAUCGUAGCACUGUCUCUGCUAGAAUUGGGACUUGAGGGUGUUCAAGGAUUGUCAGUAUUACGAUCGUUCCGUUUGCUAAGAGUUUUCAAGCUGGCAAAAUCAUGGCCUACAUUGAAUCUUCUAAUUUCCAUCAUGGGACGUACAGUUGGUGCCCUUGGUAAUUUAACCUUCGUCUUAUGCAUCAUCAUUUUCAUCUUCGCCGUGAUGGGGAUGCAACUUUUUGGCAAAAACUACACAGAUAAUGUGGAUAGAUUCCCCGACCAUGAUCUGCCAAGAUGGAAUUUUACAGAUUUCAUGCAUUCCUUCAUGAUUGUGUUCCGUGUGCUAUGCGGAGAAUGGAUUGAAUCAAUGUGGGAUUGUAUGCUUGUCGGUGAUGUAUCCUGCAUACCAUUUUUCUUGGCCACUGUAGUGAUAGGAAAUUUAGUCGUGCUUAACCUUUUCUUAGCCUUGCUUUUGUCAAAUUUUGGUUCAUCAUCCUUGUCUGCACCAACGGCAGAUAAUGAGACCAACAAGAUUGCAGAAGCGUUCAACAGAAUAUCACGCUUUUCUAACUGGAUUAAAAUGAAUUUAGCAAACGCUCUCAAGUUUGUAAAAAAUAAAUUAACAAGCCAAAUAGCAUCCGUUCAACCGACAGGCAAAGGCGUAUGUCCAUGUAUAUCUUCAGAGCAUGGUGAAAAUGAACUGGAACUUACUCCAGACGAUAUUUUGGCGGAUGGACUAUUGAAGAAAGGAAUCAAAGAGCACAACCAACUGGAAGUAGCGAUUGGCGAUGGCAUGGAAUUCACCAUUCAUGGUGAUCUGAAGAACAAAGCAAAAAAGAAUAAACAAAUCAUGAACAACUCUAAGGUGAUAGGCAAUUCUAUUAGUAAUCAUCAAGAUAAUAAAUUAGAUCAUGAACUGAAUCAUAGAGGCGUGUCCUUACAGGACGAUGAUACUGCUAGUAUCAAAUCUUAUGGCAGUCACAAGAAUCGCCCAUUUAAGGAUGAAAGCCACAAAGGCAGCGCCGAAACGAUGGAGGGUGAAGAAAAACGUGAUGCCAGCAAGGAGGAUCUAGGAAUUGACGAAGAACUCGACGACGAAGGCGAGGGAGAUGAAGGUCCUCUGGAUGGAGAGCUGAUUAUUCAUGCAGAAGAAGAUGAAGUGAUUGAGGAUUCACCGGCGGAUUGCUGCCCGGACAACUGCUACAAAAAAUUUCCUGUUCUUGCUGGGGAUGAUGACGCGCCGUUCUGGCAGGGUUGGGGAAAUUUACGUCUCAAAACGUUUCAGCUAAUAGAAAAUAAGUAUUUUGAGACAGCUGUAAUUACAAUGAUUCUGCUUAGUAGCUUAGCUUUGGCCCUCGAAGAUGUGCAUCUUCCACAGCGCCCAAUCCUUCAAGAUAUUCUUUAUUACAUGGAUCGAAUUUUCACAGUGAUCUUUUUUUUAGAGAUGUUAAUCAAAUGGUUAGCUUUAGGUUUUAAAGUAUAUUUUACAAAUGCUUGGUGUUGGCUUGAUUUCAUUAUCGUGAUGGUAUCUUUGAUAAACUUCGUUGCUUCACUUUGUGGAGCUGGUGGUAUUCAAGCAUUCAAAACCAUGCGAACUCUUAGAGCCCUGAGACCACUACGUGCCAUGUCCCGUAUGCAGGGAAUGAGGGUCGUCGUGAAUGCGUUGGUUCAAGCUAUACCGUCCAUCUUCAACGUGCUGCUGGUUUGUUUGAUAUUCUGGCUAAUAUUUGCAAUCAUGGGGGUGCAAUUAUUUGCUGGCAAAUACUUCAAGUGUGUGGAUAAAAAUAAAACUACAUUACCUCACGAAAUUAUACCGGAUGUAAAUGCUUGCAAAGCCGAAAACUAUUCAUGGGAAAAUUCACCAAUGAACUUCGAUCAUGUAGGUAAAGCAUAUUUGUGUCUGUUUCAAGUAGCCACAUUCAAAGGAUGGAUACAAAUAAUGAACGAUGCUAUUGAUUCUAGAGACGUCGGUAAACAGCCUAUACGGGAAACGAAUAUCUACAUGUAUCUGUACUUUGUGUUCUUUAUUAUCUUUGGGUCAUUCUUCACGUUGAAUCUAUUCAUUGGUGUUAUAAUUGACAACUUCAAUGAACAGAAAAAGAAAGCUGGUGGAUCGCUAGAAAUGUUCAUGACAGAGGAUCAGAAAAAGUACUAUAAUGCAAUGAAAAAAAUGGGUUCGAAGAAACCUCUAAAGGCAAUUCCUCGUCCAAGGUGGCGGCCUCAAGCAAUAGUUUUUGAAAUAGUGACGAACAAAAAGUUUGACAUGAUUAUCAUGUUGUUCAUCGGAUUCAAUAUGUUAACUAUGACACUGGACCACUACAAACAAUCAGAAACUUUUAGUGCUGUUUUGGAUUACUUGAAUAUGAUAUUCAUCUGCAUAUUCAGCAGCGAAUGUUUAAUGAAGAUUUUUGCACUUCGUUAUCAUUACUUUAUCGAGCCAUGGAAUUUGUUUGAUUUUGUUGUCGUCAUUCUUUCGAUUUUGGGCCUUGUUCUAAGUGAUAUCAUUGAAAAAUAUUUUGUAUCUCCCACACUUCUACGAGUCGUGCGAGUGGCAAAAGUGGGCCGAGUAUUGCGUUUGGUUAAAGGAGCCAAGGGUAUCCGAACGUUGCUGUUUGCAUUAGCCAUGUCGCUACCUGCACUAUUUAACAUCUGCUUGUUACUCUUUUUGGUGAUGUUUAUAUUUGCCAUUUUUGGAAUGUCAUUUUUCAUGCACGUCAAAGAUAAGAGUGGCUUAGAUGACGUGUACAAUUUUAAAACGUUUGGCCAGAGCAUGAUUUUACUAUUUCAGAUGUCAACCUCGGCUGGGUGGGAUGGUGUUUUAGAUGGUAUUAUCAAUGAAGAAGACUGUCUUCCACCAGACAAUGAUAAGGGCUAUCCGGGAAAUUGUGGUUCAUCAACAAUUGGCAUAACGUACUUAUUGGCGUAUCUUGUAAUAAGUUUCCUUAUCGUUAUUAACAUGUACAUUGCUGUUAUUCUCGAAAACUACUCGCAAGCUACGGAAGAUGUUCAAGAAGGCUUAACUGAUGACGAUUAUGAUAUGUACUACGAAAUAUGGCAGCAAUUCGAUCCUGACGGUACACAAUACGUUCGAUAUGAUCAGCUGUCAGACUUUUUGGAUGUGCUGGAACCGCCUCUACAGAUUCAUAAACCAAAUCGUUAUAAGAUUAUUUCGAUGGAUAUUCCGAUAUGCCGUGGAGAUAUGAUGUUCUGUGUCGAUAUUCUAGAUGCACUAACGAAAGAUUUUUUUGCUAGAAAAGGAAAUCCUAUAGAAGAAACAGCCGAAUUAGGUGAAGUUCAACAACGCCCAGACGAAGUUGGUUACGAACCAGUAUCAUCAACACUUUGGAGGCAGCGUGAAGAGUACUGUGCUCGACUGAUACAACAUGCGUGGAAACGCUAUAAACAGCGUCACGGAGGCGGAACAGACGCUUCAGGAGAUGAUCUUGAAAUAGAUGCCUGUGAUAACGGUUGUGGUGGUGGUAAUGGCAAUGAAAAUGAUGAUAGUGGAGAUGGUGCAACAGGUAGUGGUGACAACGGAAGUCAGCAUGGUGGUGGCAGCAUAAGUGGCGGAGGAGGAACUCCUGGUGGUGGUAAAAGUAAAGGAAUUAUUGGCAGUACUCAGGCUAACAUAGGCAUAGUGGAUAGUAAUAUAUCACCAAAGGAAUCACCGGAUAGCAUCGGCGAUCCCCAAGGUCGUCAGACGGCCGUUCUUGUGGAGAGCGACGGAUUUGUGACGAAAAACGGUCACCGUGUCGUCAUACACUCUCGAUCUCCCAGCAUAACAUCGCGAACGGCAGAUGUCUGAGCCAGGUCUCGCCCCCCUCUCUCGGAUUCAGAUUCCGAAGCACGACAGAAAUAAUAUUUGAAAUGACAUGCAAUGUAAGGUUUAAGCAUUCAAAGAACAUCAACAGACUCUCUUAAACGCAUGCUAUCUUAUGUAAAUGUAAAAAGUCAUUCAAAAAGCAAAAUGGCAUGAAACACCUCGUUCUAUACAAUGGAAAAGAGAAUCCCAAGAGAAAAAGGGUUGUUUUGCUGGUGCUGAAACACUCUAGCACAAUCAUUCAGACAGUGAACGUUAUAACAUAAUAUAAGCAUGGAAUCUAUCAUAGCAGCAAAGGGCGCCUAUCAAAAAAAUAAUUAUUAUGGAAAAGAACCAAUCAUUCCUUUGUCGCUAAAUCCCUUGACACAGAUAUUAAGUCCAUAGCCAACAAUAAUCUCGCUCUUUUUCAUCAAAUUUAUAGAGCAAGCAACUUACAUGAAACGCGGAACAGAUUUAAAAAAAAAUCAAUACAAACAUUUGUUUAUGUUACAAAUUAUUCAAUGAUCUUACAAUAGACAUUUUUUAUAGAGACUUUGAGCCAAUUGGUCUCAUUUGCCUCUUACAAUUCACACAUAAACCAAACAACAACGUACACUUAUUAUUAUUGUUUUAUUGCAAUAUAAACAUAGCUUGGUUGAUCAAAAAUGCCUUCAUUGGACUGAAUUUGUCAAACCUGCUUUCUGAAAGGUAUUUUGUCUCAAUAUUACUUCUUUUUAGCACUAGUAAAGGUCCCAUCACAUUGAGGAAUAUGGAAUAGAAUUAUUACGUCAUAACGCUUUUCACAGCUUUAAUCUCAGCCAAAAAUGAAUUGCUCCUGGCCAAUGUAGAUUCUGUCAAGACAGUGGCGGAUUUAGGGUAUCGGGGGCCCUGGGCGGUAAGACGAGAUGAGGCCCCCUGUAAAUGGUAAAUGGUUAGUGGGAGUGGGGUGCAAAGGAAUCGCCAGCGUCAGAACUCCAACGUACAUCCUUCCGGGGCCCUUGUCGCUAGUACUCUGUAGUAUGCAGUAUGUAUAAAAGUGGACAGACUAGCGAUUUACGGGGCCCUUAAAUUGGUAGAGCCCCAGACGACCGCCUAGUAUGCCUACCGUUAGAUCCGCCGCUGUGUCAAGAAGGAAAAUCAGCACUCUCAAAGUGUACAACGGUGGUUUAUUGAGUAAGAAACACAUAAACCAGGUAUGAGAGUUUCUUCCCAAAACUAAUUCAACACAAAAUAGUUAUUUACAUGAACCACAACCAAUAACAGAAAGACAUGUUUUACAUAAAAUUCCGUUCCAUUAUUCCGAGUGUGUUUUUACAUUUGCGGAGCAGAUUUUUCUGUCAAAUGAGGUCAGCGACAGAUAAUUUCCGAAAUUAUUCCUGUAAUGUAAUUGGGCUUUUAAGUAUACUCAUAAGUGCGUAUGCUUGUGUAAAGUAAAACUUAAUUUCAUGAAAAUUUUCAUCUAAACCUUGUGAAACCCUUAUCAACAAUAGAACAAAAAAUAAGGAUGCAAUAAUACAUUUUUAGCACAAUUUCAAAUGAAAUAAACCGAUUUAUUUAGACGAACCAACUAUAUUAUCAUCUUUUUUUUAUUUGCCGCAACAACUGUUGUCGGUGAACGCCAGCCGAAUAAAUUAUAAGCAUUGCUGUAUUUGAUUGAUUAGUGUACUAGUCAGUCAGUCCUGCCUAUGGGGAGCUCGGUCGAUUCCAUUAUAUGGUCGAUAAUGGGCAUGUUCUGAGGUUUUAAUUUGUAUGUAUCUGAUAUUCCAAUUAUAUUUUAUUUUUCGUUGAAUAUAAACUCACUGAAUUAUAGUCGAGCAAUUAAUGCAAAUGAUUUACAUUAGCAGUUCAAAUUAUAUGUUAAGAAUAUCAAAUCUACAUAAAUUCAUUUUUUUUUUUUGUUAAUUUCUACUCGGUAAAUCUGUGUGUGUUUUCCACUGUUACAAAUCAAUGAAUGUUGCUUACCUAUGUAAGCAGAAACUUUAUGAUUUAAGCCGAAUUAAAUCCGCAAUUCAAGGAUAAUAUCCUACGGCCUUACGCUACUGUGGAGGAAUAAUUUAAAAAACAAAUUUUCCAUGACCAAUAGAGAAUUGGAUGAACCCUGUGAGUAAUGAUUUGUACUCCUUAUGCUAUAUUAUUUUAAACAAAACCAGCCAAAUUACAUAUGCCAAUAUUAAUUGAAACACAUUCACAUGCGCAUCUAACCAUCAAAAUGCAACUACGUCAAACGAAAUCUGUCUCACACUAGCAAAGCAAAAUCAAGCUUGGCCAAUUUCAUUGUUAAUAUGUUUCUGCGUGCAAUCAAAAAGCCACCAACAAAGAGGAAUGAGAGAUAUAAAUGAUUUUGGAAAAUAUUAAAAUAAGGCAUAAUCAUUUAUAUCGAAGUGCAAAUAAACAAAAAUCAAAUGCGAGGGGUCGGGGCGAGCCUUUAAAUGUAAUGUUUAUAAUUAUUGAAAUUAAAUAGAAAUAAAUUAUACCCACUCUUAUACACUAAAAUAACAUUCCAACAUAAGAUCACCGGUUCAUAAUCAAAAACGGACAUUUCAACAACAUGGACAGAACCUACAAAAUAUAAUGCUUUUUAACAUUAACGAAUAUUGCCAGCAUAUGAACGUCCGUAACAUUACAAUGCGAUAGGUUCUUGCUAAAGAGUGGCAAGAAAAGUAGAUAAAUCAAAGAAAACUUAAAAUAUGGAAAUAGUUUCGAAAGGAGAACAUAAUUAAUGAAUCAAUAGAAAAAAAAACAAAGCCAAGGUUUGUCCAAGUUCCGUUGUGAACAUAUUUUUAUUAUUUUUGAGCCGGAAGCAAUUUACUUAGUAUCUAGACGAUACGAAGUAUUAAAAGGAGCUUCAUGUAACGAAACUGCUAACGAGUAUGCAAGAAUAAAACGCAAGUGUUAUGAAACUCUAUCGAUGAGUGGCAAGAGGUAAAUGCUUGAAUAGAAGCAUUAUAGGCAGCAGAAGUUAAUCAAAAGGCUUAUAUAUCAAUCAUUUUUAGACAAAAACAACCUCUGAAUAAUGAGAUAACACAAAAUGCAAAUGAAAGCAACUGAAUGGUUGAUAAGCUUGGUAAAUCAGCGUUACACGCAUACGCACCAACAAACAAACAAAAAAGCAAACAACGUCGUAAGGUUGCUAUAUCUUAACACGAUAUUUCUUUAUAUGUUAUAGGUUCUCUUUUUACUGAUUGCUUCAUCAGAAUGCUUUUGUGAUAUUUAAUAAAAACUAAGACAUAGGGAAGAAAACACACAAAUGCUUUUGGUAGUGUCGUUUCCGACUUGGUACGGAUAACAAACAGAACGGAUUAGCCUUCUGCAGUCGUUUAUAAAGUAUAUUAACUAUAGCCUAAGCCGGUUUUAAACAUUGGAAAUCGCUCCUUAUAAUUAACAUCCCAAUUUUAUAGAUUCACAUGCAUCGUUAUAGUUUGUAACAAAAUAUUACGUAUGAAACACUGCCACAGACAUGCAUUCGCUCACUUUACAGCACCUAAAGCUUAUCUCUUACCAUAUCGUUGAAGCAUAGCGAUUUUCGAGAUUAUUUUUACUGUUAAAUUAAAUUUAAAAUACUUGAAUGUUUUUUUUUCAAAUCAUAAUCCCUUUCCUUAUAUCGCUUCCAUAAAUUCAAACAUAUAUGCUACUAACUAUGAUCACUACAUUGUGAAUUACGAUUACAUGAAUAGCUGUGCAAAGAGAUCGUUAGAAUGUUUAUGUCGUUCUUUUAAACAUAUUCUGUUCUUUCAAAUAUUUUGUCAAGGGUAUUAUGCUUUUACAUUGAAACCAUCAAACAAGAAAAAUAAUAGAGACAAAGGGUAAUCCUGUAGCUAGGUACAACUUCGCUUGUUAAAAAUUGAAUGUUGGUGAGUGUAUAAUUGCCAUUCAUCAAAUACUUUACGUAAACACUUCGAGUACAUUAACUUCGUAACUUCGAGUACAUUAAAGAGAACGCCCACCAACACAGGUACUGCAAAACAUGGGUCGCAACACAAACAUAUACCAAAGAUUAAAAAUCAAUCUCUUACAAAUUCAUGCAAUCCCAGUGGUAUGAAAAAGGCAAAAUAAACUUUUAACAGCAUCGGUUGUCAAGACAUGAACAGGCAAGAAAUUGAUGGAAAUAAGCUAUUAAAAAUUUCACAUAAUCAACAUAACUUACCCUUAGUCAUGCAAUAGUGAUGGAUCGUACGAUUCAUUUCACGACCCGACCUGGAGUCGGGUGCGAGUCUGUCGAAAUCGAUUCCGACCCGUGGGUGCAGCGGUAGACCAAGGUCGGAGUCGGAAUCAAAUCCGACCCGAGGGUGCCGCGAGUUCGAGGCGGUCCUAAUGUUCAGAGGUGGCAGAAAGCAUACGCGAUUCCAACCCGUUGGUACAGCGAUUUCGGGUCUGAUCGGGUCAAAGCAGGUUCAAUACUACUCGGGUCAAAGUGCGCACCCAAGGGUCGGACUAAACCUACCUUGGUCGGAUCCGACCCGAACUCGGUGCACCAACGGCUCGAAGUCGCUUAUGCUCUUGCACCUAACGGAAUCGUUGCACCUAUUGAUGUUACUUUUACCUUUCAGGUCGACCCGUGCAGCUCCUGUUUGCUUACGGAUGGCUUUGACCAGGUAGCUUCGAGUCGACCCGCCCGUCACUAAGGCACAAGUGUUCUAGCAUAAACAUUCCUUUACAAAAUCACACAUGCAAACAUAUUUCCACAAGUCAGACAUAAAUGUUCAAUACGGAUUGCUGUUAAGACCAUUCAAAACAAAGCGAUUCAAAGUACACCAAUAGGACAUAUUACAGAUGCUUUCUAAUUUACGUUCACGCAGCCUAUAUCUUUGCUGAAGAAUCUUUCCCGUUCCACCAGAAACAAGUGUCGAAAAAAUUCCCCCAUUUUUACGUUAACACAUCACGAAUCUUUGUCGGAAACAAACAUCGUAAUUUUAUAAAAUAUUUUGUAACAUCGCCGGUUUUUAAGUAAACCAUAAUAUUCCACCGUUAGGACACUUUGACCUUGGAAAUCGAAAAAGCAAUCGAAAAAUCAAGUUUAAAUACGAAAACACACAAUUAUUCGCUCCACCUGUUAAAAUAUCGCCAUUGGAGACACUUGCUAUCUAUCCAGCGAUAGAUAGCUAAGAUAGCUCGAAAAAGAUUUGCCGAAGUUUACUUAACUACCCCUGUUAAAAGUGUGUUUAGUAGAUUUUUUUUAGAAAAAUAUGGGUAGUGUAAACGUCCUUAUAACCAUGUUUUGUUUUAUAAUAUGCCUCAAUAAAUUAUUACAUUAUUAUUACAAUUUCAUAAAAAAAUAAGGAAGCAACAAUCUGUUAACAGUAAAUCUAUCGAUUUGUUUUACUUUUACAUCUUUAUUAACAAAAUAUCGUGAGAGGUCCGUGAAACAACCCAUCUUAUAUGGAAUAAAAAAUGUUCGCUUGAAGGGGUAGGGAUAAUCUCAUCCCAAAAAUAGUAUGAUGAAACGAGAAACAAUUUCGAUGUAACAAAUUCGGAUACAAAAACAGCAAAACGCUAAACAAGUGAAGAUAAUAAAAGCGUAAAUAUGGAAGAAACCACUUAGCUAGAAUUGAUAAUACAGGUAAUGUUUUCGUAAAAUUGCGCAUAUUGUCGAUUUGCUCACUGUCUAUUUGUUAGCGCUAGAGCUGAACGUGCAUACAUACUUGUGCUUUUGUAAUACUUGAAAAUAUCCAAUUUUCUGUCUUACGGGAAUUUAAAUUCGAAACCAAAUUCGAAGGACUAAAUUGACUCGCAACAAGUGAAAAAUAGAUAGAUUUAAAAACACAACAACAGAAGCUAUUGAAUCAAGUGUAUAUCUUAAAUUUAAAAAUAAUUAAAUAAAUUGGUAUGAGAAAUAAACCACGAUAAAAACUUCAGGUUUAAAAAAAAUCACGCUCUCAAACAAUGGACAUUUCAAUAAGUUAAAUUAUGCGGGGAAUAGAUCUAACAACGAUUCACGCCGAGAACUAGUUACUUUAUUGUAAAAAACCGGCAAGAACCACAAAACGUAGAAGUAACUGGAUUAACCCAGUAAACGUUUAAAAACACCAGGCGCGCUUUUAGCUGUACUUAAUCACCUUUAAUAAUCAAGAUAAAGUGUGACACAAACAAAUUUAUUGCACUCGCAUGCUUUCGCAUCAGCAAUGUACAGCAUUUAAAAGCAAAAACAAUAAUUGUGGCAUGAAUAAACAGGAGAAAAAAACGAGAAACAUAUGAAGCCAUAAUACAGAAGUUCAUUUACCACAGAUAUAUUGUAUUGAGGGAGAAAAGUCCCACAUGUCCAAAAACAAACAACAAUUUCAGUGCCUUUUUCAAAAAUAAAUGUGCAAGAAAUAAAAUUCCAAAGUCGAGCCAUGACAUUACAAGGAUUCAAUUUGAAACAAACGGUAUGAAUCGAAAGAAUGGACAAGUAUUCGCUUAUAUCUAAAGUGCAAGAAUAUAAACAAGAACAUUCUAUCGCGAAAUAUAUAACUGGGACUGGAAUGUUUUAAAUCACAUAUGAUUUCUCUAAAGAUCCAUAAAUGAAGGUAAUAUGCAUAGUUGAACAAACAUUACGAAUCGAUAUUAGAGAUGAGAAGGAUUCAAUACAGCAACAAAAACAAACCAAUGUAAAAUAAUCAUAAUCACGCCUCCUCUGUUAUACAUCAGCUUCUUUGUUAUUGUAAUAAACCCGAUACGCGAAAGGAAACCAAAGAAACAAACUUUAUAAACAUUCUUCAAGUUAUCAGUUGCGUUGGUAAGCUUUUUAUGUAGCACAUUGUCAUUUUUUAAGCAGAGGAUAGUUUUUCUUUAAUGUAUUGUUAAACCUGUUUUUAAUCACCAGCUAUAAGUUUUAAAAAUAUUUAUUUUAUUUCAAGACACUUUAGAACUACUAGACAUUGAAGUAUUAUUAUAAGAGCCAGUCCACAUGAUUUUCUAAGCAAUUGCUACGGCUAAAAGCUACCUAGGUAUAAAAGACUUUGUCCAGCAGGGGUGGAUGCAGUGAUUCUUUCUAGUAUAGACUAAGAAGGAAUUGUAUUUGCGUAUGCCAAAUGGAAGCAAAUAUUUCAAUAGCUUACAGCUUAAACGCAUUACUGAAAAUUAAGCUUGCUAAUUGAAGUAGCGAUAAAUGACGAAGUAAUUAACAAGAUAAUCUAUUCAAUCGAACUCGACCAAGUUCACUCGUUCUAGCCAUAUUAUGUACAAUCAAGAGAAAUGUGAACGCCACUUCAAGCGAACAUUUAUUGCAGAUGGAAAAAAGACAUAACUGUUGCAACAAAAUGAUUGAAAGCAAUCGAAUUAUACAGAAAACACUACAGAAAAAAAUGACAUGCAGAAAUGAAGAUACAAACAAAACAUAUAAAAUAACUGUGAACGGAAUAAUAACGAAGAACUAUGAACAAAUGGUGAAAAAAACAAUAGUUUGGAAAUCUCACACAUUAUGCUUUGUGAUAAAAAAUAUCACCAGAAUAUCUUAAAAAGCACCAGCACACUGUGUUACGAAAUUUCUUGUUUAUUUAUGUGACGUCAUUACUUAAAUAAAACUUGUUAUGAAUUUAUUGUAAUUAAUGAUGAAAUAUCCAAUUAUCAGCUACUUCAUUUCUGGUGUUAUUAAUUAAACUGUUUGCAUAAGUUGUUUUCAGUUAUAGUUCAAAGUAUAAGAAGAAUCAAUAUACACAGCUACUUCCCCAGCUAUGAGUAUUACUUCUACUUACCAUUGCUUAUAGAGAGAGCCUACCUGUUUCGAAAAAUCAGUAAUAAUAUGCUAAAAACAAGUGCCAUUUUUAAUAUAAUUCAUAAUAGUUUGUAUUCAUAACAUUAUAUUGCUUAUGUUUCAAUAGCUUAUCAUUGUCCCCUUGUCCGAAUCGAUUUUGGAAUAAGCUAGUUGAAUGUACCUAGAUCGCCUUUUGGUUUUGUACAACGUGUUGGAGAUUAUGGGAAAAAGAGAUAACCGAUAUCAAUAAUUAGUCAAUUAGGCUUUUUUUUAUUUAUUCAAAAUCUGUGACAUAACUAUGAAUUGUAACAGCACGGAAUAUUUCGUGACCAUUUUUCUUCUAUAAAAUUCUGCAACACAUGUCAUAACAAUACGAAAUGUGGCAUAAAAUGUGUACAAGAACUGCACACGCUACAAUAAAUGUAGCAGGGAUCGUUUUGUAAAUGUUGUAUACAUCCUUUGCACUUGUACUGGAAAUGUUUAAAAGUAUGCUAUAUUCCCCACUUCUAAACAUAUCACAGCUAAAAGCAAUGUUCUUUUUCUUACUUACAUUGGAAAAGAUCUAUUUCAUAAUUCCUUUGAAGUAAAAGUCCUGGUUGAAAACUGUUCACGAAACAAUUCCGAGGUCAAAUUCUAUGUCUUCCCAAUAGGAUUUGGCUUCACUGCUAAGAUUCAUUGAACUAUUUUUUAAAAAUAAUUUUCUACUUGAUAAUUUGUAUGCAAAAAGUCUGUCAGACCCAGGUCUAAAAUUGCUCGUUUUUAUUUCAAAGCGUAUUUGAUAGAUCAAUUUUUGUUUUUUAACAUAUAUGUAUCAAAAGUUCUCUAAUAUGUUAACUUGAUGCUAUUUGACUUCUUGUUUAUAUAUUUCCCGAAAUAUUGUUUUAACAUAAUCUAUCAUGAACUCAAAUCUAUACUUGGAAUAGUUCAAUAGUUAGACAAUGUCAGCAAUUUUGUCAUUCUGAAUCCCUACUAUUUUUUUCUACUUUUUUUUAAGUAAGUGUCGUUAUUUAUUUGUAAACAACAUCUCAACUCCCGUUGUUUCAUUGAAUUAUUUUAUUUAAAGGGUUCCGGUCUGCCUUUACCUAUUUUCAAACCCAGUUUUAAGUUAAAAAACAAACUUCAAAGUUAAAAUUUAAAUACAAAAACCAGAAGGCAAAACCAAAACUAGAUUAAGGUACAUUUUUAGUGAUCACCAAACAAAUACCCAGUUAAAUUUCAUGUCAUAGUGAAUUUUCCUUCCCCUGCAUCUAUCAAAACAUCACAUGUACAACAUGAAACAUUUGUUUUCAAGGUGUUAAUAUAUAGCUUUUUUCGAUACAUCAUUACGCCAUAUCUCAUUUUUACUUAGAAAACUGAACCAAAAUUGGUCUACUCUACCAGUUAUGAAGCUAAUAGCAAUAUAUUAUGUAACAUAUUUUAUUAUGUUCUGUAGGCAUGUUACAUCCCAUUACAUAGCUUACAUCUUUUUAUUAAAAUCUGAAAGUAAUGCGAUUUUUCUCUUUUUAUUGAUAGCAAUACUUGCAAGUCUUAAGAUUCCAUCAAAAACAUAAAUUCACAAGAACAAAUCCUACAAAUUCACAUAAACAACAAUUUCACAUAGAACAACAUGAACUGUCUCAUAAAUCUGUAAAGUUUUUUGGGAAACAGUAACAAAAAAGACCGCUAAUGAAAACGAUGAUGCUACUGUAUGAGCGAUGAAAACACAACAAAAGAUUAUAGAUUUAUUAUCCAUUAUGAUUAUUGUAAAAGAAAAAAGUUGUUGAAGUUUGUACAAAUAAAAUAAAUGAUAAAAUAUAGAACUUGACUGCUUUAGAAA